AACAUUCUUGCAUUAUUCCUUCACUUCACAAAGAACCUAAUCAUUGUAAAACAUAACUAGUUUGAUAAUUUUCUCUUCUUUCCCUCAAUAGAGGGCUAGAAGUUCAAUUUCAAACUUUUAUAUAUGGAUAAUAUUAGAAAGUUCUCUAAGUGUUUUUUGAGUUUUUUUGUGUUUCUAGUAUUUGUUUGGUUAUUGUUGGUUGAAGUAUUUGAAAAUGGAGGUAUUACAAGAAUGAAUUAUGUUGAUGAUCAAGUUAUGAAGAAUAGCAAAGUAGUGAUGAAAACACACAAGAGAUCAAGUAGUAGUCAUGUUCAUCCAAAGAUUGAUUUCAAUUUGGUGAGUAAAAGAAGAGUUCCUAAUGGUCCUGACCCAAUCCACAACAGGAGAGCUCGGAGUUCUCGUAGGCCACCAGGUCAAGCUUCCAAAGGAAAACUCAACAUUAAGCCAUAAACAAAUUAGGCCAAAUUAGAUAAUUAAGGUUUGUGAGAUGGUUUUUUUUUUUUUUUUUUUUUGAAAAAAAUAUUCUUGUAUGUAAUUGUUGAAAAGGGAAGUCUCUAUACAUAUUGUCAGAAUGAAUUUUCAGA